UUCCGACAGUGGCAUCUCGAUGGACUCUUUGCAAAUUUUCAGCGAGCAGCAACUGUGUACCCAGUUUAUCAACGUCGGUGUCAUUCUUCCGUUGAUCAAUGUGGAGCUUGUUCCAGUUCACCUCGUAAGACACGAAUAUCUGUCCAUCAAAGAUGUCCAGGAUGAUACUAACCAGCACGCUCCAAUCCCAUCUAAGCGUCGCCUUAUCAAAUGGUCGCUGCCUCCUCCAUCAGUUGCGCUUAUACCUCUUCCUGGAUGGAAUCCGAUGCCCUAUGGAUUGGAGGCAUUCUGGCAGAGCGCCUUUCGUUGGUUUUUCCAUCCUUUCUUGGCAUCCCAUGGACAUCUCUGGACAUUGGAGCCCACAGAACUCCCUCCAUUGUCUAUUGAAUGGCCAUGGCAUUCUGCAACUUACUUCGCUAAAGUUCGAUUCCAAUGUCAGUGCAAACGCGGUUGGACGUCAAUGAAGGGACGAGUCGUUUUUUGGUUCCGCGUUCGACGGCAAGGUGAACAAAUCGUGUCGGAAGCUUUAUUCAAAUUGUUCGGACAACAAUGCAGUUUCUGCUCCAACGCUGAUUCCAUCAAUGAGUUUGAAUUUCUGACUCCACUGUGGUAUCCUGAGGAAAUUGAAAAUGCCAUUAGAUUCCUUGCAGGCCAAGUGAUCGUGUCUUACUAUGGCGGAGCAGAUUUACCAAAACUCUCUCCUAGCGACCGAUUUUUCCGCAAUUCCGGAACACCUUCGUUUGUUCCUCACGAUUCGACUCGUUGCCAAGCUUGCCACUAUGGAUAUUGUUCAACAACUCAACCUUUUUUUCUUGACUAA